GGAGCGGAGCGGGGGGAGCCGGGCGGAGGGGCGGGGAGCCUCGGGAGCCCCGAGCCGCUCCGCUCCGAGCGGUGCGGACGGGGGAGAAGCGAGGCGGCCGCAGCGCUCUGCAGGAUGGAGGGAAAGCGGACCCCCCCCCGGUACGGCUCGCUGGAAUCCACCCGGUGGCCGCCCGCCAGCACGGCGCCAGAGGAUGAGAUAAUUUCCAUGGCUGACUCCUCCACCACUAUUGAUGACAUCGAAGGGGAGCUCUUCAAAAUAGAGAGGAUCAGGGAGAUCCUGGUGAGGAGGGAGUCAGAGCUGCGAUACAUGAUGGAUGACAUUCAGCUCUGCAAAGAAAUCAGCCGGCUGAAAAAGGAGCUUCAAAAGCUCCUUGCCCUUCCUGAGACUGAGAAGUCCAAUGAGGAGAAGCAGAAGGAGGAGGAACUGGUGCAGCAGAUCCACAAGCUGGUGGAAACACGGGAUUUCCUGGUGGACGAUGUGGAGUUUGAGAGGCUCAGGGAGAGAGAAGAAGACAAAGAAAUGGCAGAAUUCCUGCAAAGUAAGCUCUCCAAAAGCUACCUCCAGAAAGCAACUCCUGUCAGAGAGAAAAAAAUGACUUCCAGGGGGCAGCAAACCUCCGCACCGUACAUGACCAAAACGGGCCUCACCCUGCUCAAGGAGUGCUGUGGCUUCACCUGCUCCAUCAUGUAGCCGGCUCCCAGCUCCUCUGCAUGGGACGUGACCACGGUCUCCAGCCAGAGUCCACAACCUGCUCUCCUCUGAGAGUUCCAACCUCCCGUCAUUAUUCAUGCUUCCCACUGCAGCACUGCUACCAACGAGACUUUCCAUGCAGGCUGGUGCAAGCUUGAAUGAUGGUAUGUUUCCUUGGUGCCACAUCAAUGGCCAAACCUCCAUGACAUCAACAAACACUGAAUUCCACCUUAGCUCAGCUUGGAAGAGAUGUGUGCAGCAAACAAGAAUAUCCAGAGAUAUUCUUCACCUGGACAGGGCAACUAAACAAGCAUUGGAGCUGAUAUUUGGGGAGCAUCCACCAUCCCUGGACAUGUCGUCGUUGCAGAUCUCAUCCUUGGCCUUGUACCACCUUGUGAGUCUCUGUGGGCUGAUUCCAAAGGAUUCUUUGUGGGGAAUGUCUCUGGUCAGGGUUUUGUUGUGCUUGCAUUGGUUUUAUGGCUCUGGGUAGGGCUGUGAGGAGGGAAGGGCCAUCCCUAAAGGCAACUGAACGAAGGGCUGAUUUUCGUGAAGUUGUCACCUGAGCACAGAUGUAGUGUGUUGAAUUACAGGCAGAUGAGCUGCCCUUCCCAGCUCACUGUUACUGGGUUCAGUUUCAGCUCCAAAGGAAAAGGAAACCAGAGCAAAACAGGAAAGGAGAAAAAAAUCAGAAGAUCAGGGGAAAAUGCAAUGGGAAAUGGAAACCAAACGGGAGAUGAGAAACAUGGCAGGGAUGGUUGGAGAGAGCAGGUGAGGGACACCUGCACUGCCAGGAGGGCAUUCAGCCCUGACCACCAGUGCCCACCAGUGCCUCCAGGCUUGGCACCAUGACCAGCACGUAAUCCCUGUGUGAAAGAUCACAGCACCAUGAGGUCUCCCAGUGCCUCAGAUGCUGGUGUCCCCUCUGAGCAUGUCAACAUUUUGAUCCAUGUUUAGAUGGCACAACUGGAGCUGCUAAUGGCUGUCAUGACAGCACAAGGGCUCUUCUUUAUAGGAUGUGAAGAGCUCUCACAUCUCCAAAACCUGCCUGCCCUGUAGGAUGGGAUGGCUCCAAUAGGUGGGGGGGGGGGCAUUUGGUGGCUGCCCAAGAGCUCUGGUUGCCCCGUAGCCAAGUUGCUGAGGCCUUCAGCUCAGUGCUGCUGCUGUUUGUUGCAGUCCUGAGAUGGUAUUCCUGCCUGGGUCACUGUCCUGCAUGCCCAGGUCAGUGAGAUCACAACCAUCAGUCUCUUUUCCUUGCACCUAAUGGUACAUUCAUCCCGAUAAUACUCAGUGCUGGUGGGACCCUGCUUUUGGUAUCUUCUGAGGUCUCAGUGUGAAGCCUCCUUAUGUGUUGUUGUUGUUGGUGACCUGCAUCCCACAGUACCUGCCUGCUGUUCCCUGUACCCUUUGCUUUGGGGAUGUGGAACCCUGGAGGAAGCACUGCAGGUCAGAGUGCUUCCCUCUGCUCUGCCAGACCUGUGGAGCAGCACAAGGUGCCUCCACACUGCAAUAAGGUGCUGUGCCUGUUGCUCAAGAAGACGGACCAUCUUCAAUAGCAUCCAGCCUGGAGCUGGUGGGGCAGAUGAGGCUUCUCUUACUCCUUGCUCUUUCAUUCCCUGCCCUGUGGUUGGUUGGCUUCAUCACUCUGCAGCCACACACAUGGUGCAAUGUGGGCAUUGACUGUGGACAACAGACCUGAAGAACUAGAAAGGCCCUCCCUGUGCUAGCCUUCCCCAGGCCUUCUUUGGAAGGGGGAAUAGCAGAGCCACAUUGCUUGCUUGGGCUGACAGGGAGCCAAAGGCAAGGAAGAGCUCUUGAUUCAGUUUGACCCCCAAAUUAAUCCCUGCUUCCACCCUAUGAGGCCCCAGGACCCAGUGCUGGUAGGGCAGGGAGGAUGGCCAGGAAGAAGGUGGGGAGGAUCCUGACUCACUUUGCUCUGUUGAUGGCUGUGUUUGUAAGGCUGGUCAUGGAGAAAGGCUGCAGUCCUGGCCGUAUGAUCCCAGUUGGCCUGUACUGAACUGAUGGCAAAGGUGUGCAGCACACGGGAGCGACACUCCUUCAUGUGCAUUGAUUUCAACCCAAACUAAUAAAUGUC